GCUGAGUUCUCUGCUUCCGGCCGUUUUCAAAUGAACGAAAGAUGGCGAAAAAUGGUGGAGAUUCGGAAACAUCGGAGAAACCUGCGACUCGAGGCAGUGCCGCUCCGGAACGGCGGGCAAGUGGACCGUGCAGGAGCGCCAAAGGAGUGUGAGAGGCGGUGAAAUCUCCAGGGCGACAGAGAGAGAGAGAGGCGAGGGAAGCUGUCAAGAGAGAAGCGAUCGGAGCAUGUUGAGACACGAUCAAGAAAGAUCCAGGAAGAGUUUUCCUGACAGAAGAAGACAGCUGUCAAUAGAGAGGCGAAGGAAGAAAUCUAGAGCGAGCGCAAGAGCGGUAGCCAGAGCGAGCAAAAAAAAACGCAGAACUCAGAGAGAACAAGCACAGAGAAAGAAAAGAGAGUUCGAGAACGGAGAGAGAUUAGUAACAGAAAGAGGACGAGGAAGAUCAAGAAGGAGAACAAGAGGGACAAACAACAGAGGGAGAUCAAGAACUCCGAGAGAUUGAGAACGGAGAUUAACGAGCGCGAGAGAGCAAGAGAGUUUGAGAACAGAGAAAGACCAAGAUCGAGCACAGGAGCGAGAUCAAGAGGGAGAGUAAAAGAGACUAAGAUCUCAGAGAGAACAAGAACAGAGAAAGAACUGGGGAGUUCGAGAACAGAAAGAGAUUACGAAGAGAAGGAGAACGGGAGAGACGAAAAACAAAGAGACAUUAAGAUCUCAGAGAGAGUAAGAACAGCGAGAGCUUGACAACCUAGAGAGAGCACGAGAGUCUGAGAACAGAGAAAGAUCAAGAUCGAGCACAGGAGCGAGAUCAACGAGGAUUCUAAGGGGGAGGCAAGAGCAAAGAGAGAUUCAUUGACACGCUAGAUACAACAAGAGAGUUUUAGAACAGGGAGGAAUCAAGAUAAGAAAGAGAUCAAGAUGAGAGAGAGACAAAGAACAGAGAGAGAACAAGGGAGAGACGAAGAGGCUGAAUUAAGAACGAGAUUGUGGUCCAGGAGCUCUGUGUUUUCCAACUUGCCAGUUACUUUGAUAUUUUCUGACUUCCGAAACGUUUUUCUUGUUAGCACAUGUGGACGACAUUGUAGCCGAAGAGGAUUGAAGAAGCGGUGUUUUUUCGCAGCUGAAAACGAGAUCAAGAGAGACGAGUAGACUACGACUGUGACUUCGUUUUGAAAUCUGCGCGUCGGCGCGGAGGCGUCUGGGCGCGCGCGCGAGCGAUUCUCUCUGCCUUCAAUCCGGUGAGAGUACGCGCCACUGACUGCCUUGUUGACUCCAGGAGAGAGAGAUAGGGUGACAUGCGGAGGUGUAUGCACAAGAGUUUGUGACUCUUCACGAGAGCAGAUGGCGCGUGGACUUUUCAUUUUGCGACUCGCAGAUCCCGGCGAGCCUCCGCAAAACUUGCAGAUGCGGCGCGCCGCUGGACAUCCUGCAGUGCCGGGGCGAAGGCGGCAGAGGUUGCAGGGCAGACAAGGCGUCGCUACGUUCUCUGUGUGUAGCUCCUUGCCCUGCACUGGCAUUUCGGCCGCGGGAGAAAGAGUAUCUGUCCUCUGCGAAGACACAGAAAGCGCAGUUUACUCUCUGCUCUCAGGAGUCCGUCAAGGCGCCGUGGAGGCCAGCGCCAGGGAACUCGCGUCGAGAGCGACUUGCGCAGAGUCUCUUCUCGCCAGGCCACCGAACCGCAGCGUCGCGAGCGCGCGCGAGUGUGGAGUUUUCGGACUUUUGGGGAGACGCGAAGAGUCCGAGGAGCUCUUUUGACAGAGGAGGUUUUCUUUUGAACUUGGAGUUCGCGGAGGAGCCUUCGUUGUCUCGGUCGACGAGGAGAGACUCCGAAAAACGGUCGCCGACUGCCGGCGUAAGGCUGACGCAGGAAAGCCGAGCGCGUUCUCGGGCGCGCGAGACUCGCGGAGGACGUUCAGCGGUUUCUCGGUCUGCAGAAAGAACGGUUUUCUCUUUGGAACUUCUUUCAAAGACUCGGCCGCGAGCCGCCCCAGUUGACGCUUUCCUCUCAGUUUUUCUCCGUCUCCGUCUUCUGGAGACAAAUCUCUCUCCUCGGUUCCGCCACACAUCUGUUGGCGGUCUUCUCUGCCUCUCAAGUGCAUGUGUGAGGCCUGCCCUCUGUGGUCGCUGGAGAAUUCCCCGCGCAGCUCUCCCCCAUUUCUCUUGAAGAAAACGCCGACCUUCUUGCCCGACGGAGCUCGCCGUUUUCUCCGUCCGAUUCUUCAAGCCACGGAGCUCCCGAGGUCCCCGUUGCAGUCCGGCUCUCCCUCGUCUUUUCCUUUUCUCGUCCUCGUCUUUUCCUUUUCUCGUCCUCGUCUUUUCCUUUUCUCAUCCUCGUCUUUUCCUUUUCUCGUCCUCGUCUUCGCUCUUGGCUCUUCUGCUUCUCCGUCUCCUCGCUCGACGUUUCGAUCUACUUCCGCGCUUUCAACGAACCGAGGUCCAUUGCUCUCCGAAGGGGAACUGCAGACGGUCGAGUUCCCCUUUCUGAGAAACUCUGCCCUCGACGGUUGCUGUCUCCGGUCCCCUUGCAGAUGCACUUGGUGAUUUUCAAUUGACCUUCUGUCUCUUCGCUUGUCUCUCCAGGCUCUCGAGAAGUCAACCAUUCUCCAGCCUUCUUCCGAGUUCUUCUCUCGCCGCUGGCCUGGAUGAACCGUUGCUCGCUCCUCCUCUCUUGACCUCGUUGUACCGCCUCGCUUCCUCUCUUCGAUUUCGAUAUCGCAUGUCUUCUCUCUGCUCGACCUCUCGCCUCUCCUGAGCGCUGUUGAGUGACCUACUACGACAGAAGCGUCAUCAGCUAGUCGACUCAGGACCUCAAAGGCCUCGCCGGAGCUCUUUGAUUUUUAUCUCCUCUGCGGCCAGACACGGACUAGAGGCCGCUCUGGCUUCCUCCCUUCUCGCUCACUUCUUUCUCGCUUCUUUCUCUCCUCACUGCGCGUCGGCCUGCGUUUCUCCCUCUUUGUCGAGAGGCGGCUCGCCUUCCUCUCUCUCGUUUGUUCCUCACCCGUCGUCUCCCUCUCCUUCUCUUUCUUCUCUUCCUUCUCUUUCUUCUCUUCCUGGCCUUCAAAAUGUCGGCUGCGACCUCGCCCUCAGGUCUCCCGGAACAGCCGGCGACCGUCCAUGCAGACGAUUUUCGAGAGGUUCCUGAGCGUGCAACGGACGCAGCUGCUUCCUCCUCUUCCGCUUCUUCCUCUUCUUCUCCCUCUACUUCAGAGCCUCGGAGACAGUUCGCUCCAGGGGAGACGGCUCUCCUGCAAAGUCGUCAGCUCGCGCAUUCGCACCAUGCUGAGGAAUUGACGAACUACACCUUUCCUCCGAUGACUGAAGAGGAGCUGGACAACUUCGGAUGGCAGUGGUGCCUGGACGUCGUCACGCCUCCCAGUCCCCACUGCAUUCCUGUCGAGGCUCUCACACACAAAGCUACCGCCGAAGAAACUUUCAAAAUAUUCUUCAAGGGAACUUCUAAGGAAGUCUGCAUUCGUCAGAUCUUCUUCCACCUGCCGCUCUCGGAGGACGAACAGCUCUGGCUGUCGGACUUCCGUGCUCUCUGCGCCGAGAAGAAAUGGAUCAUUCCUUACUUUCUGGAGCCUCACCUUCUCCGCGUUCUCUGGUUCUGCAAACGCAAGUACCCCGACGACCCGCUCAACAAGAGUUUGGAACACGCGCAGCAGAUGGUGGAGUGGAGACGCGAGUUCUAUCCUUUGUCUGACAAGGAUCCUGAACUGGCGGAGCUUCUGAAACUCGGCGCAAUGUACUGGGUGGGCCGAGAUCCCUCUCUCCGCCCUCUGCUGAUUGUUCGGCUGUCGCGACUUCCGAAGGCAACUACUCCCGAGCUCUUCAAGAAACUCACGAUUUUCUGCUUUGAGUGGGCUCUCAGAUUCCUCAUGGUUCCUGGAGUCGUCGAGACAUGCGUCGUCCUCUUCGACGUCCGCGCAGUGCCUCUGCACCAGUUCCCCGUCAGCGCUCUGACCGACAUGGUAAAUACGUUGACGAAGCAAUUUCCUUUCCGUCUGCACCGCAUGUGGAUCAUCAACGACUCGUUCUUCGUCCAGACGGUCUGGAGCAUCGCCAAGCAGUUCCUCACAGAGGUCCAGCAACAGAAAAUGAAGUUCUUCAGAACUGGCUUUGAGGUUGAGCUGUUGAAGGAUUAUGCGGCGCAUCAAUUGGAAAAGCACUACGGAGGUUCUCGCGACGAAAUUCGCGUUUUCUAUCCGUUCCCUCUCGCACCCGGGCCGUUCAACAUCGAUGCCGAGCGCCCCAGAGAGACUCUUCCCGCGGAACUUCCAAUGCUGGCGGUGGAUCGCUUCACGACCUUCGGAGUGGUAUGGGAAGGUGCAUGCAGAUUGCCGAUUCAGUGGAGCGCAGAAUGUUCUCACGUCUUCGCUGCAUGCGGCAUCCCGGCGCCGCCUCCUGCGGCAUCUCUGGAAGACGCAGAGGCGGCAGAAGCACUAGCGGCUGAGGCAGCGGGGCAGGCGGUCCGGAGUCAGACCAUCAAAGCGUACAAGUCCAUGGUGAGUCUGCGCAAGAAGCCGUCGGUCUUCUCCCUUCUCCGCAGACAAGGCUGCUCUCUCGCCCCUGCAGGGGAAGCUCCGCGACCCGCAGACGACGGGCACCAGUGCGAGCAAGAGGAGACCACGACUACAGAGGAGAAGACGGAAAAGGAGAGAGUGGAGCCAGCGGCGGUGGUGGAGAAAGAGGUCGGGAGGGGGACAGAGAAGGCAGGCGAGCAGGAGGGAGAGAAGGAAGAGACAAACGGCCAGGACGAGACGCAGAACUUGCUCGGGGCGGCAGAAGCGCGAGGCCUCGUGGGGGAGGAGAUCAGCAGGCGUCUGUCCAAGCCGGCGGAGGCGAUGCAAGGAGCUGAGGACAACGCGCAGAACAGCGAAGAAGAGAAACCGCAGGCGCAUGCAGAACGGAAAACAGAGCGUGCAGGAGACGGAAAAGAAGCAGAGAAGACCAGGCAUGACGCAGCAAGCGCAGAGGCUGAGGCCGCACAGGCCACCAGUCAGGAGAGUCCUGGAGGGCCGCCCGAGUCGAAGAAUUCGACGCGAGCGUCUCCGACUGCUGCACCUGUGGAGAAAGUGAAGUCCAAGAAAUGUUGCGGUGCAUGCAAAAUUCAGUGAAGGCAUGCGAACAAGAACUGUUCUUGUGCAGCCGAAGAGAAACUUCAAGAGCUAAAUCACGAGCUCUGCUCGUACCCUAGAUGCGCCACUCAUGCUGGCAAAUAGUCCUUUCUGCGAGGGGACUGUCUCCUCAGGACGGUGGUAACGAUUUCCCCUCUUUUUUCCCGCAGAAGAUUCUGAGGAGAGGGAGCCAGCCAAGAAGAGGUCGACGAGAAAUCCGAGAGAGCACAAGGGCAGGUGACGUUGGAAGACUGAGCUGAAGUGACAGAGUCCAAGAGACAGAAGGAGACAAUGACAGAGGGCGCUCAGAGGGAGUAGACCAUAGGAGAGAGCCUUCCUCGCUUCCUGUCUUCCCCAAGAAGGUGUGGAUCUCUCGUGACGGGAGAAAACGCUUGGUCCGAGACUUUUCUUCGUCUCUGCCAGUAAAGCAAUGUGUAUGAAGAACUCGAAGGGCAGGGGCGCGGAUGCGCCUUCCAGGUCUGUCUGCCAGAGUUCGUAGACUUGUGUGUUCGCUUUUAGUGUCUGCUCCGCGUUCGUCAAUUCGUCGCCAGCGAUGCUGCUUCUCUCAGGUUCUGUGUAGAUCUGCUGCUCGCGCAGUGAGGGGGAUUUGCGGCUUGCAGGCUGUUGCCUCCUUUCCUUUUUAAGGGCGUUCUCUUCUCUCUUCUAAACGAAGGAGAAAGGACAAAACGAAAGAGAAAGGGGAUCGUCUCUCUUCUUCAGUGGACGUUCCUCUCUCUAUGCUGCAAUCCAAAUCGGGAAAUACACGUGACGCACCGUGACUUCUCUGUCGCGGUUCGCUCUCGAGACUGGUGUUUUUCUAGUUCAGAUCCUUAUGCGCAUACGCGAGAAAAAACGCAUGCAACGAACUUUGGAAAUCCAUCAUGCGUGUCUUCAUGCUACACGUAUAUAUACUUCUGUAUAUAUAUGUCGAGACAAAUACAUAUAUACAUAUAUAUAUAUAUAUAUAUAUAUGCAUGUACGCGCAUGUAUCUAAACAUACAGUACAUUUCUUUAUGUAUUCAUGUAUGCAUGUAAUUUUGUAUCGUAUGAGUAUCAGUGAAAGUGGAACUCGGGGGGUACGGCAAGCAUGUGGAAACUCUCGCGGUAACAGCUUGUGUGCGUACAUCGUCAGAUAUUUGAAUAUCUUCUCUCUGAAGGCUCUUCCGGCUCUCGACCUCCGUGACGACCUGAAAGUGUCUGCCAGUUUUCCGGUUCACUUGGAACGUCUUUGCAAUAAUUUCUACGUCUCUAUCUGUCGCCUUUCCGAUGUGCAAGUCUGUUCACCUCAGAGAUUUCCUCGCCUGCACGA